GUGCAGUCGCGAACAUAUAUCUACUCAUACGAGAAAGGAGAGGUGAAUUCUACGCAGACUAUGGCAAUGAAGAAAACAAGACUGUGCUAUGUGCCUUGCCUCAAAACCCUCCACUAUCUCAAAGAUAAGUGCAAGGCUGACGAUAUUAUAAUAAACAACGAGGAAGACUACCAGAGUGACGGUGACCACGAUGGUGAUGAUGGCUAUCAUCAAGGUUCGGACAAGAUGAACGAUUCGUCACAGAGAGUUAUAGACAAGACGGGGUCUGUUAUGGUAGAUAGCAAUCAACCUGUCUAUGAUGUGGAGACCAUAGUGGACCAUUUUAAUGCAGAUGGACAAGGCUAUUAUUUGGUGAAGUGGAAAGGUUGGGGUAAGAAAUACAACUCGUGGGAGCCUAAAGAAAAUCUGUUCUGCAGGCAGCUGCUGAAGGAGUUCCACCGGCUGGUCGCGGCUGGCAUCGUCAAGCUGAAGAACAGCAAGCGCAAGCGCGAGGUGGAAGUACAGCUGAGACGCCAGCAGCUGAAGCGCGCCAAGACCGCCGCGUCCGCGUCCGACGGUGGCGCCCCCCGGCGGGAGCACGAGGGUAAGCGGGCGGUCGCCCGCCAGGCCCUCGCCGAGUGGGCGGCCUCCAUCAACGCGCUGAUCGCGGCGUGGCCGACCGGCGGCCCGCCCGUCGUCGUCGUCAACGAUGUGGACCUCGAGGGACCGCCGCAGGACUUUAGGUACAUCAUCGACUACAAGGCCGGCGCGGACAUCGGCAUCCCGACGGACCCGCUCAUCGGCUGCGAGUGCGGGGACUGCUGGGAGGCGCGGGGCGGCGCGUGCUGCGCGCCGGCGUCCGGAGCGCACUUCGCGUACACGCGGCUCGGGCGAAUGCGGCUGCCGCGCGGGUGCCCCGUGUACGAGUGUAACAAGCGCUGCCGCUGCGGCCCCGAGUGUCCGAACCGCGUCGUGCAGAAAGGUCCCACGUGUAAGCUGUGCAUCUUUCGCACGGAGAACAAUCGUGGCUGGGGCGUGAAGACGUUGCAACGCAUUCGCAAGGGCACCUUCGUCAUGGAGUACGUGGGCGAGGUAUGUCAAUAGAGUACGUGGGUGAGGUAUGUCAAUAGA